AUGGGCUACCUGCUCUACGCGGUGUCCUUCCUCUUCCUCAUGGCCGGAACGCUCCUCUACGCCACCCGCUCCAGGUGGUUCCAUCUUCUCCCACCUAACAUCACCGAACCCUUCUACAGCCGAAUUCCAACCUCCUUCAUGUCAGAUGUCGAGUCCGGUUUUACAUCCAACGACUUCGACUUGAGCGGCAAUGUCAUGGACGGAGACUCGAGGGCAGGGCUGGAUGUCAGGGGGAAGCGCGAAGUGCAGAGGAUCAUGAAGAAUCGUGGCAUUGGAUUCGACGAGGCCAGGAGGGUGUAUAUGGAGCAGAACUUUAAGAAGAACAACAUUGGAGAGGAUGGCCUGCCGAGGGAUCCGAAAUUUGUAUCGUUUUCGUGA